AUGGCCCGCUUAAAUGAGCCUGCAGCUUCGUUGGAGAGUAUUGAAUCUCUCAAGCGCAAGUACAAACGUCAGAAUCGCGAUAUUGCAUCCGUCAAUUCCUCCCAAGCUGUUCGAAUCCGAAGCCUUGAAAAUGAAACCUCGAAACUUCUUGCUGAAAACCUAGAACUCCGGGAGGAGAAUUUACGCCUUCGAAGUGAGAUCGAUAACGGAAAGGCUCGAAGGGCUGCAGAUAGAGUCAAUGUGGUCAAAUCGCAACUCGAAGAGAGAUUGCAAGAGAUCGGAGCUCUGAUAAGUGGCUUGGGAGAAGAAUCUCCACAAAGAAAGAGAUCACCACAUGUUCCAAGGCAAUUUGGUGGGUUGAGAGCGGGUUCGAAUCCUCCUCGUAGCCCCAAGGAGAACAAGUGGGAUAAUUUGGACCCAUUGAACGAGGAUGGUACAAGCCCGGAGCGCAAAAUGCCACCAAGGAAAACGACGGCUUCAUCGAGUGAAGACAUCGGUAGCCCGGAUGGCAAAUUACCCCCCAUUUUGGAAAACAAAUAUUAUCCUAGGAAAACUUUAGAACAUCAGGAAAUCGAAAAUAUGUUAGCUGAAGUGGAAGCAGAGAACGAAGAUUCACCUGACAUUGGGCCGCCACCAGUAUCACAAUUUGUCGACGAAGAUCCUGUAAAGAUUGAUUUGGCAGGAAAGUUAGCUCAUGAAAGGGAAGAUGAGCUGGAUUCAAUAAUAUCAACGAAUCUUGAGCAGAGGAAGAAGCGCAAGGAUAGUAUGGUGGCUUCUGAUAUUAGGAGGAACAGCCGAUUGGAACUUCCGGCAAAACGAGAGAGUACGGGAACACUUAAAUCAGGUGCAAAGAGGAAGCUUAGUGCAAGAGAAGACGAGGAACUGGAGUCGACAAACGCUAACGAUAUUGACGAUUUCCAAUUCACACGUUUAUCUACCGAGGAACGAGCGAAAACAAAAUUGGCAGUCUCAUCAGCCAAGGAGAAUACAAAGUCAUUGAAGGAUGUUAUGAGCUCCAAAGGAUUGUCGAAAGAUAAGCCGGCUUUAGCUCCCAGUACCAGAAAGGUUCUGGCAGCCAAAAGUGUGAAUAAUUCCCCUAAGAAAGGAGCCAGCAGCAGGAAUUCCAAUCAUGAUGGGAUCAAGCCAGGCAAGUUGAAUUUGUUCAAGGAAAGCCUAUCGAAGGAGAUGCCAAGAGAGGAGAAGAAGAUGGAGAAUAUCGAACCUAUUCGACAAACCAUGCAACCUCCACUGCAGGUCUUCAAUAUGCAGGCGGAACCAGAGACGCCUGCACCUGUCGAUAUCUUUUCGCCUCUUUCAUCGCAUCCGUCAACUAACAUUCGAGUCGAAUCUCGGGAUACCCCACCGCCUUCAGAGAUGAGGGAAUCUGCUGAAGGCCAACGACCAAGUCGACGAGCUCGGAACUCGAUAAGUUAUGCGGAACCUAAUCUUCGAGAUAAAAUGCGCCGACCCGGAAAGGAAUUUGUGAACGCCGUCACAGCCGAUGGAAAAGUUCGUGCCAUCAGAGUGGAUGAGGAAGCUGGUCCGGCGACAAUAAGCAAAAUCAAAGCAGAACCCGAAUCUGAAGAUGCCUGGAAACAACUAUCAACCGCAUCAAACGCAGAUCACAGUCCGCUAAAUAGCAAAGCUUCUGCACCCCUUCCUGAUAUGUUACCAAGCAGCAUUACAGAUCACAGAAGACGUCGCGAGUCAAUUUUAUAUCUCACAGAGUCGGGAUCUUCAGCAUCGGGAUCUAAGUCAGUCGCGGAGCUGUUAGCAGAGUCGAGGAAAAUAAAAGCGAAAUCCAAGGAACAAUCGACUAAAGGCGACGAUAUAAAAGCAGCCCUUGAAGAUAUGGAUAUAUAUGAAUUUCAAGGUUCCCCCAAACGCGAUUCUGAAGAACCGAAAGUCAUAAAAGAAGAGAAAAGUGAUAGAGCAUCGUCACGUUUUUCUAGAAGAGCUUCCGCUAUUCCGGUAGGAGAUCAGGACUUUGAACCAGCGAGAAAAUUCUCUGCAUCAACAGGACCAUCACAAUCAGGUUCAAGAAGAAGACAAUCGGCUUUACCCUCUUCAACCAUAGCUAGAAGCGCAUCGGCUCAAGGUCACGAAUCGGAAAGAGAUACCACGGAUUCCUCGGAUAAAUCCUUGAGGAAAAGUGUCAGUAGUACGAGUAUGGCUGGAGCUGCCGCAGCGAACGCGAAUAGGAGUGAUAGGAUAAGUUCGAGGAGGAGAAGUAUGAUGUUAUGA